CGGGAGAUUCGGUGUGCCGCAGGCGGGCCUCCCAUCCCCCCGCCGGCCUCCGGGGCUCCCCUGCUCGACCCUGCGACCCUGGUCCCGCACUGUCUCCCAGAAUCUGGCUUUCCCUGCUGGGGCGAAGCCGCCUUCCCAGCGCCGACCAUUCAGCGGAGUGGAGUCCAGUAGGCGCGCCUGGCGGAGACCUGGCGUGCGUGGUGGGGCGGCGGGGCAGCCUGCCGCCCUCUCCUGCUUAGCUGGGGCUUGUGAGGUGACCCGACCUGAAUUUUCCAGCUGCAGAAUGUGUAGUACCUUUAAAGGUUGGCAAUGAUGAGUAAGCUGGAAUCAAAGGAAGAAAAGAUGCUGGAGGUUCAGUUUGUGGGAGAUGAUGAUGUUCUUAACCACAUUCUUGAUAGAGAAGGAGGAGCUAAAAUUAAAAAGGAGCGAGCCCAGCUUUUGGUCAACACAAAAAAAAUAGUAAAGAAGCCAGAAUAUGGUUUGGAGGAAGAUGACCAGGAAGUCUUAAAAGAUCAGAACUAUGUGGAAGUUUUAGGACGAGAUGUUCAAGAAUCCUUGAAAAAUGGCUCUGCUACAGAUGGUGGGAAUAAAGUGUAUUCUUUUCAGAAUAGAAAACACCCUGAAAAGAUGGCUAAAUUAGCUUCAGAACUAGCAAAAACACCAAAAAAAAAUGUCUCAUUCAAUUUGAAGAAUGAUCCUGAAAUUAUGAUAGACAUUCCUCAAUGUAGCAAAGGGCAUUCUGCUUCAGACAAAGUUCAGUUGAAGAACAAUGAUAAAAGUGAAUUUCUGUCAACAGCACCUUGUGGGCUACGGAAAAGAUUAAUAGUUCCAAGGUCUCAUUCUGACAGUGAAAGUGAAUAUUCUGCUUCCAACUCAGAGGACGAUGAAGGGGCUUCACAAGAAUAUGAAGAGGACACUAAUGAAGUCAUACUGAGUGAAAAGAUUCAAGCUCAGAAUAGAGUAGCUUCAGCUCCUGUUUGCAAAGAAACACCAUCCAAGAAAAUGAAAAGAGAUAAAACAAGUGACUUAGUAGAAGAGUAUUUUGAAGCCCACAGCAGUUCAAAAGUUUUAACCUCUGACAGAACACUGCAAAAACUAAAGCGAGCUAAACUGGAUCAGCAAACUUUGCGUAACUUAUUGAGCAAGGUUUCUCCUUCCUUUUCUGCUGAACUUAAACAACUAAAUCAACAAUACGAACAAUUAUUUCAUAAAUGGAUGUUGCAGUUACACCUGGGGUUCAACAUUGUGCUUUACGGUUUGGGUUCUAAGAGAAAUUUACUAGAAAGAUUUCGAACCACCAUGCUGCAAGAUUGCCUUCAUGUUGUCAUCAAUGGCUUCUUUCCUGGAAUCAGUGUGAAAUCAAUCCUGAAUUCUAUAACAGAAGAAGUCCUCGAUCAUAUGGGUACUUUCCGCAGUGUACUGGAUCAGCUAGACUGGAUAAUAAACAAAUUUAAAGAAGAUUCUUCUUUAGAACUCUUCCUUCUUAUCCACAAUUUGGAUAGCCAAAUGCUGAGAGGAGACAAAAGCCAGCAAAUUAUUGGACAGUUGUCAUCUUUACGUAACAUAUACCUUAUAGCAUCUAUUGAUCACCUCAAUGCUCCUCUCAUGUGGGAUCACGCAAAGCAGAGUCUUUAUAACUGGCUCUGGUAUGAAACUACUACAUAUAGUCCUUAUACUGAAGAAACCUCCUAUGAAAAUUCUCUUCUGGUGAAACAGUCUGGAUCACUACCACUUAGUUCUCUAACUCACGUGUUACGAAGCCUUACCCCUAACGCGAGGGGGAUUUUCAGGCUACUAAUAAAGUAUCAGCUGGAUAACCAGGAUAACGCUUCUUACAUUGGACUUUCUUUUCAAGACUUUUACCAGCAGUGUCGGGAGGCAUUUCUUGUCAAUAGUGAUCUGACACUUCGGGCCCAGCUCACUGAAUUUAGAGACCACAAGCUUAUAAGAACAAAGAAGGGAACUGAUGGAGUGGAAUAUUUAUUAAUUCCUGUUGACAAUGGAACACUGACUGAUUUCCUGGAAAUGGAAGAGGAGGAGUUUUGAAGCUCUUGAAUCUUCUGUGGAAGGGUUUUUGUACCCCAGCUGCCAAUCCUCUAGUCUGAAGUGUUGUGUUUACAUUCAACAUUAGACUCUUUUUCCAAUGUAUAAGAUUUAAAGUUGGGAGGGGGGAAUGUCAUCAGUUAGAACCUUGAUUAGCCUGGCUGGUGUGCCAUCUCUAGUACUAUGCAGCGGUCCUCAAGUUGGAGAAAAUGUGCCUUUCGUUCAUUACCUCUGUGGAGACUUCUUGCUGGAAUGAACAGGGUGUGCUCAGGGACUAUUUGGAACUGGAUGUUUCUGAAUUCUUUUAUACCAGAGAUGAUAUUAUUCCUAGUUUUUUGAGGGCCUUUUAGCACUCCUGGAGCUGAUUGCAAGUGUGCUUGUUCCAGAGUGUGGAAGUACAAAGACAUUGGCAUCACAUAAAUCUACUUUAUUUACUAUUCCUUGUGUCAGAACUGAUGAGUAUAAUAGAGAAAGAAGGUCAUCUCUUACUGUUUCUGAAAUGGCUUAACAAAAGGUGUGAGACUGGGGACAAGUAGGUGAUCCAGCUUUCUCCUCUUGGAUUUAGGCUACAUACUGGUAGAAGAAGAGGGAGCAGGACACUAUUCGGUUGGGAAAGUGGGAAAAACAUACAAAUAUAUAAGGUGUAUACCCACCCCAGAAAGCACAGAACAACAACAUACCGUGCUACUCAGGACAGUUAAGGUCUGUGCCAUCACCUUCAUGAUACAAGUGAGAAGCCAGGCUAGAGAAACACAAUCCUGAAUUACACGUUAGUCAUUUUCUUCUAAGACAACAGAAGAUACAGAUUUGUUCCUGUAUAUCAGCAUAUUUUUCUUCUUGAAUAACAUGCAGGUGAGUAGUAGCAUAUUAAUUUAAAUUAAUCUUGAUUUCUCUCAAGUAGGCCUAAAAUUCACUGUUAAGACAUUUCAGUUUUCUUCUUAAAGUGACGAUUUCAAGCCUCCUUAAAUACUCACACAAGCCUUUUUUCUUAGGAAGGAAAAAAAGGCAAACCUUGGCUCCUGUAGUCAGAUGACAGUCUUCACAUACUCCCUGCAGUAUUUCAUACUUGGAAAUGAAAUUCUUUAAAAUAUCACUGUAAUAUACUGCAUCAGCAUUUUUCACUCAUUUCUUAUCUUAUAAACCCCUUUCAUGAAAGUAUUUCCCAAAAUGCUCUAAUUUUUUAAUAUUUAUGUCAUAUAAUGAAAUAAUUUUGGUAAAUCCACAUAUUAAGGGGUUUAGUCUUAAAUAUAAUUACUAAUCAAAAUACUUAAACAAAUUUGUACUUGAAUAUGAUUCUAAUUGUUUUUAAUUGUACCAAAGGAUAUUCAAUGAAAAAUGAGUUUCCUUACCAUUCCCAAAUCCAGUCCACUAGGCAGCACUGACAGCAGUUUAAGCAUUCUUCCAGAUGUAUUCUAUGCACAUCUAAGGGUAUCUGUCUCUGUAUCUCAUUUGAAGAACACAAAUGGUAGCAUAUGACACUUGCUGGUUUGCACCUUGUUGUUGUGUUUUUGUUUUUGUUUUGCUUAAUAUAUCUAGUUUAUAAUAACUUAGUGUAAAAAGUAUAUAAAAUCUUUAAUGACCUAAUGUGCAAACUUUGCAUUUGCCCUUAAAUAUCAACUGGUUUAUUUUUAUAAUUUUUGUGUCUAUACUGUUUGCAAGCAGUAUGUGUGAAUAGUCUUUAUUAUCAAUAAAGAAACCAAUUUGGAUAGAA